AUGAGUGUUUUUGUUUCUGGUGCUACAGGGUAUAUUGCACAACACAUUGUGCAACAGUUGUUAGAACAAAAUUAUAAGGUCAUCGGUUCAGCCAGGUCUCAAACAAAAUGUGAUAAUUUAAUUAAAAAUUUUGAAAAUAAUCCAAAUCUUUCUAUGGUUGUUGUAUCAGAUAUUUCUAGGCUGGAUGCAUUCAAUGAAACAUUCCAAAAAUAUGGUGGUGAUAUAAGAAUCGUUCUACAUACUGCGUCACCUUUCCAUUUUGACGUUACCGAUGUAGAAAAGGAAUUAUUAAUUCCUGCAUGUAAUGGUACUUUAGGAAUUCUGGAAUCUAUCAAGAAAUAUGCCCCUGAUAAAGUGGAACGUGUUGUGAUAACUUCCUCAUUUGGUGCUAUUAUUGAUUUUACUAAGUUAAAUGAUAAAACAUUUACUUUUAAUGAAACUUUAUGGAAUCCUGAUACAUGGGAAUCCUGUCAAUCUAAUCCGGUGUCCGGUUAUUGUGCUUCUAAGAAAUUUGCAGAACAAGCAGCUUGGAAGUUUUGGGAACAAAACAAAGACUUUGUGAAUUUUAAGUUAGCUACUGUUAACCCAGUUAAUGUUUUUGGACCUCAAGUAUUUGAUUCCGAUAUUAAACGAACAAUGAAUUGUUCUUGUGAGGUUAUUAAUUCAAUCUUGACGGCAGGCCCGGAAGUUCCUGUUAACCCUAACUCAAAGAAUCAAUUCAUUGAUGUUCGUGAUAUCGCUAAAGCUCAUUUACAAGCUUUUCAGAAAGAAAACACAAUAGGAAAAAGAUUGAUAUUAUCAUGUGGUGAUUUUAAUGAUCAAGAUAUUCUUAAUGUACUCAACACAGAUUUCCCAUCUCUUAGAACCAAAGUUCCAGUUGGAUCUCCGGACAGCGGUAUCCUUGGUACCCAUACAGGAGCAAUUGUCGAUUGUUCAAAGACUAAGGAAAUUCUAGGAUUUGAAUUUAUUGACUUUAAAAAGACAGUUAACGAUACCGUUGAACAAAUUUUAAGAGUUCGUCGUGAACUGUAA